AUGGCCAAGACGAGAGCCACGACAAGGGCCACGACAAAGGCCACGACAAAGGCCGCGACGAAGCGCGCCUGUCAAGUCGCCGCCGCCGUGGUCGACCUGGAAGGCGCCGUCAUUGCGAUCGUCCAGUGCUUGGACCGCGCGAGCGAUGUCACGGCCUUGCUACAGGCGCUGCCACACGCCUCGCUCGGCACGCCACUCACCGCGCUCCUCGCGCUCCUCAACGAGCCGGGGCCGUUGGCCCACACGUGGCCCGAGCUUCUUCUGGACGACGUCAACUUUCAGCACCCGGCAUUCGUCGCGCUCAUUCUGCAGGCGAUGCCAGUGCUUCUCAGCGUCCGCGCCGCGCACCGCCACUUGUUUGGGUGCCUCCUGCAGCCCGACGACUCGACCAUCGACGCGCCCGACGGGUUUCUCAACUUUGUCGCGCAGUACCCGCGCACGAUGAUGCAUGUACACGCCGCGUGGCGGGACGCAAUGGACUGCACCGUUUUCUGCAACGCGCUGCGUCGCUGCACGCGCCUCACGACGGUCCAUGUGGUCGCGGAUGCGCAGGCAGCGGCUGUGCUGGCUGCAAUCACGACGCCAGCCCACCGCGUGACGCGUUUGUACAUCACGGAGAUGCCCGGAGGUAUCAUGGACGCAAUCGACUGGGCGUCGCUUCUGCGGCCAUGGCUCGCCAGUGGGCACGCUCGCCAUGUGACCUUUUCGAACGUCCCGAUCACCGACGUCCAAAGCCUCGCCGAAGCGCUUUUGAGAAGCUCGUCGCUGCACAGCCUCGGCGUGCACAACAAUGACAAGCUGCUUCGCAGCCUUCUCUCUCAGGAUAUGUCCCUGCGUCAGUUGAACCAAGUGAGCGUCACGACCCAAGUGGCUGCGCUCCUGCCUCGUCUCUUGGGACGUUUGAGCCUCAGCACGCUCACGUCGCUCUCGCUCGAGUGCGACAUGGAUCACUCGGAGACGCUGGCGCUCCUCCCGUCCAUGCCAUCGCUGCGCCACCUCGCGCUCACUGGCGGUCAUCUCGGUGAGCUCGACUGCAUCUUGGCGUGGCCGCACCUCAAACGCCUCACGUGCAGUCGCGUUCACUUGACGCCGAGGACACUGGACGCGAUUCUAUGGUACCUGGGCCGCGUCGACGGCCUUGAACACUUGCUCUUGGAUGUGGCCGACUUGGAUGAAAUGUACUUUGUCUACGUGGCGCAAAGACUGGGCCAUUUGAUGGAACGCGCAGCGCCGCUUUGCUGGCACUGGCGCUGCGCCAACGACGCCACGGUGUCGUCGCCGUUGAUGCUGGACGUCGGCGAGCACAGCUUGAGCAUCGACGGCAUCCGCAUGGUACUGGAGGCCCUUGCAAUCUGCAAAUUCGUGUGCAUCAAGAUGGUGCCCAUCGAUGGCACCGAGCUCGCGCCGUUCCACGACGAGAUCCAAGCGUUUGCCGCGGCCCACUGCAUGAUUUGCGACUUGACGUACCCGCCGUUCAUGCUCUGUAGUCCCACCGACGUUGUAUAUGAGCAACGGUAG